AUGAGGCCAUUUCUAUUCAUCGCCAUUUUGUUGUUGGCCUUGGUGAACGAUUGUAUGAGUCUGCGAGGUGCGUUGAUUCGAUCCGGACGAUCGUUCAGACCCUCAGCCGAGACAAUACGCGGAUUGGCGCAAAGAAGGUACGCGCAAAUGGAGCGCUUCGGUGAGACGCCAAUCGCUGGCCAUCUCCUCCCAAUCGACGCCAACGAUCAGCAACCGCUCGUCAUUUUUGAGUCCGUUAAC